AUGAGUGGUACCACCCCAUCACCGCCACCAACUUCGCAAACCACAAACGAACAUAACAGUCCAUUACAAGAACGUCCAAGUGGUAUAGAUGAUAUACUAAAUGCUGUUGAUAAAGCAGUAGAAGCUGAAGAGGAAGACCGACAGAGGCGAGCGAUGGCUGAGGUAGUGUAUACAACCCACGGCGAAGUACCUAGUCCACCGCACUCCCCAAACAAAGAGAAUUCAUUUGAAGGAGCUGAGAAUGGAGAUGACUUUAGUGAUGCUGAAUAUGAAAAAGAUGUGGGUGUAGCGCGUCCCGUAGGAGCUGAUGAGUCGAGUAGUUCUGGGGAUGAAGGCGACGAUUUGUUUAACCCGAAGUUGAUGGAAGAGGAUUAUCUUGAAGGGGAGUCGAGUGACUAUGAUAUCCCAAAUUUAAUUAAUAACGACGUAGAAGUCAAUCCCGAUGUCGACCCCUAUGAAGCGCGUCGGAAAGCGGAAGAACAAAUGGACGAGCGCGACAGAGAACUUCGCCAUUUACGUGGGGAAUUUUCCGAAGAGUCUUUUGAUGAAGGAAAUGAUUCUGGCGAGGCUUUCAAUCAAAUGAUAGAAGCAAAGAAGAAAUUGGAGAUCGAGAAACUUGCGAUGAAAGAGGACAAAAUGCAAUUCGUCGCGCCUCCUGUCAUCGUCGGGUUGUCCGAGAAAGAAGUUGGGAACCGAUUUAAACAGCGUGACGUCGAGAAACUUCCGAUGGACCAAUUGAAAAUGCGAAUGGAAGACGGCGAGUUGAAAUUGGGCCACAUCGAAAUCGCAAAGAUCAAA